GUUUGCAAACAACUUCUUUUUCCAUAGCAACGGAUGCGGAUCUUCUUCGCUUCAUAACAUGUGCGGCUGCAUCAGAACCGAUCGAUAUUUUACAGAACUUUAAGGAUGCUGAAACGGAAAUGGAACAACAAGCAAUACUGUGGCGAUGUCGAAUCGGAUCCAUUCGACUACGUCUAUCGGGGCAGUGUGUUUAAUCCAUUUAAGGAAUCGAAUAAGGUGCCGACAGUGGAGGAACAUACGUACAAUAGCGCCGAAAUCGAUACGGAAGAUCUGAUUGAAGACAUUCAGCUGCCCGCUCAUCUUCUUUCGGCAAAAGUGCGCCAACAGUAUCUGUAUUAUCUGGAUAGAGUGCUUCAGAAGAAUUAUCACACAUGGUUAUCAUCCUACAGCAGUGAGCACGACGACGAUAAUCCGUUCACCGAUGACGAACUGAGACAGUGUGCUGAAACUAUUGAGAUGCGAGCGGUUCAAUCUUGUAUGAUCACAUCUCUCUAUCGCAAUUUUAUCCUCCAGAAGAUUGGAGAAAUCCGGAAACAAACGGUACUUGGAGUGAUUCAUCCCAAUCUCACUGACGUAAAGUUUAAGCCUGCAAUCGUGAAAAGAGAACAGUGCCACGUCGGUGUACAGACCGAUCCGAUCGCUUUCCUGCCCGCGUUAAAUGUUUCUACUGAAGAACACACGCCACUAGCAAAUGUCCCCCAAAUAAGUUUGGAAGAAAAAAUGCAAUUAUUUCAGCGCAAUAACUUCAUAUCAGACAAAUCCGUGUAUCAAGAGCUUUCUGGUGAUGGGAAUGUAUCGUUGGAAUGCACCUUUCCAGUACAAAAGUCGAAAGAAAUUCCCCAAGCGGUGAAUUCUACCGAGGCAAUAGUGGAAUGUAAACGGCCGCGCAACGAGGCAAUGGAUGAUGAAAUUCUCAAGGAAUUGCAAGCGAUGUUUGAACCCUCGGACGACGAAGCGAACAUAUUCGGAUGGAGCGAAGAUCAAGAACAGACGAGGGUGGAAAAUGUUGCACCACAUCAAGGUGGAACGCAAUCAGCAAGCACACAUUUUGCUGCAUCAUCAAGUCCCAAAAUCGAUCGCGCGAUAUUGCAACCAGCAGUUGUGCACGAACCGCAAGAUUUGCGCUGCAGUAUGUGGCCGUGUGAGUUGCACAUGCAGCGUAUGAAGUUGCGCAAUUUGUUGGUAAAAAUAGCGGAAGAUAACUACCGUCGGUAUGAGCGGAUCGUGCAGACUCAAUUCGUGGCUCUGUUUGGGGAAGACGAUGGGGAAGAGCAAGAUCUCGGUCCGUAUAGUCCAUCGAUUGAGCUGAAUGAGGUAUUGGUGUCCAGCUGCAGGCAGCGUAUUGCCAAGUGGGUCGUUCAAGCGCUCAUGCGUCCUUUGAACGAUGGACUAAUAGGAAACAGGUUUCUUUUCAAGAAGCUUGCCAAGCGGUUAGCUGAUGGUAUAAUCUACCUAAACCAAUAUCCUGACAAAAAAUUCAUCCGCAACUACGUAAACGACUACUUUUGUUCACACACGCAAAUAAAAUGUGUCGAAGAUAUAACCUAAAUGGUAAGAUAAGCUAGCUUUUCCGAUGAACUGCUUCCAAAUAAAUGCCAACAUUAUCCCGCAAAUCAAU